AUGCAUCGAGACAGCAAGGAACACCGGCUCUUCCAUCAUUAUGUGACCCGAGUGGCCGUUCUCAUGAUCCAUAUUGAUUCGGAACGGAAUCCCUGGAAAUCCACCUACCCGUGCAUUGCCUUGGGAAACGCGUCGUCUUUGUCCAGGUCCGCAUCUAGAGCCUCGAAGAGCCUUUACUAUGCUUUGUUGGCGCAAUCCGCAUCCAAUCUGGCCAAUUUGUAUUCGCACGGCCACCAAGGUAGCUCAGGCUCAGGCUCAGGCUCAGUCGCGGUCGAAAGGGAAAUGCAGAACCACGCACUGAAAUACUACGGUCUGGCGCUCCGUGAGUUACGCGCGAGUCUUGAAACCCCUAGCGAAGACUACAGCGCGUGCAUCGGCACCAUGUACAUUCUGGCCGUUACCGAUGGCGCUUAUUCAAAUGUCGGCCGGUCGUGGCGCCGCCACUUCGACGGCGCCGCCAGUCUGAUAGGCCACUUGUCCAAACAAAAGCCUUGGGGCCAGUCCGACGACGCAUGGGUCAUUUCUCAGAGCCUGGCCUUGUCGUUCGAGGUGGCACAGACCGGCUGUAAGGCCCCGACCAGACCAUCGCCACUCACCGACGUUCUCCUCGGGGCCGUGUCGUCGAGGAAGGACUUUGCCUACACCAUCGGGGCUCAUCGGAGCGUGAUCAAUUCCAUUUCGGCCAUUCGCAUGCUCGAAGGAGAAUUGGCCCAAGGCCAAGUGUCGGCCGACCUGGACCCACGAAUAUCGAGGAUUUGGGAAUGUUUAAUGUCGGAAGAAGCGGCGGGUGAUGCCGAUUCCGACGACAAACGAGUACAUUGGCCACCCGAGGAAGACAGGCUAGUUGGGGAAGAAGGAGGAGGAGGAGGAGAAGAAAAAACAAAAUCAAAGACCGGCCGCACUCGUCUCAACCAACUGCACCUCAACAUCUUCCGCAACGCAACGCUGGUCUACUUCUACCGGGCCUUCUUCGACGCGCCGCCCUUCGUCACGCAGCGGUUCGUGUCGCGGGUGCUGGCCGACGCCACGGAAUUUCUCGACCUCAACGGCGGCAACAUCUCCAUGUGGCCCGUCUUCAUCGCCGCGGUCGAGGUGUGCAGCGACCACGACCAACGCGCCGUCGACCGUUGGCUGGAGUUUAGUUACCAUCUGGGUCUGCACAAUCGCCUUCUCGCUCGCACCAUCAUCCACGCCGUCUGGCGCGAGCGAGAUGCCGAAGCCCGUCGUCGGGCCAUGCAUCCGAGUGAGGUUUCUGUCGGGUGGAGGGAUGUUCAAGCCCGGUUGGGGUUGGAUAUUUGUUUGUUAUAG